ACAUUUCAGGCUUCAUUUUUUUCUUUGUUCGUAGUUGUUCGCGGAGCAUUGUGGGAAAGCAGUUUCAAAACAAAAAGCUGUACGAAGAGCAUUGCAUAUGUGUAUAGAAAUCCGGAAACAUUUCCAAAAAGACGCCUAGGGGCUGUGGAUUUCCUGGACGAUCACGGACCGUCGCAUCCUCUGUGGACAUUUAGUUUGAUAACCUUUGUUUGUAGAUUACGGCUUUCUAUUUAAAGUUGUUAUGUUUCGUUGAACCUUCUGUCCCGCACAUAGAAAUAAGUAAAGAAUACAAGUGCUGAAGCUUUGUUCGAAUCAUUUGUUUUAUAUAUAUUUUACAUUUAUCUGUAUGCAACAUGCUAUCUGAGUGAAAGACAACCUGCACCCCGUGCUUUUCUUAUCAGCAGCUUCUCAGUAGGGUGGCAGGAAUGGCUUCCGCCGGAGCGGAGAAGUGCUCCAAAAAGAAAACGGAGAAGAAGUUUGCGGCGAAAGAGGAGGCGAAGCUGCUUGCGAGCUUCAUGGGCGUCAUGAACAACUUGCGGAAGCAGAAGACGCUCUGCGAUGUCAUCUUAGUAGUAUCUGAGAGAAUGAUCCCUGCUCACAGAAUUGUCCUUGCAGCAGCCAGCCAGUUUUUUAAUUUAAUGUUCACAUCAAAUAUGCUGGAGUCAAAAGCAUAUGAGGUGGAAUUAAAAGAUGCAGAACCUGAUAUCAUCGAGUUACUAGUGGAGUUUGCAUACACUGCAAGGAUUUCUGUGAAUAGCAACAAUGUUCAGUCAUUACUAGAUGCUGCAAACCAGUAUCAGAUUGAACCUGUAAAAAAGAUGUGUGUUGACUUCCUUAAGGAGCAAGUGGAUGCAUCUAAUUGUCUUGGUAUCAGUGUCCUGGCAGAGUGUCUUGAUUGUCCAGAGCUGAAAGCCACUGCUGAUGAUUUUAUAUACCAACAUUUCACGGAGGUCUAUAAAACUGAUGAAUUCCUUCAGCUGGAUGUGAAGAGAGUCACACAGCUGUUAAAUCAGGAUACCUUGACUGUGCGAGCAGAGGAUCAGGUAUAUGAUGCAGCAGUUAGGUGGCUUAAAUAUGAUGAGCCAAACCGGCAACAAUACAUGGUGGACAUCCUGGCCAAAGUCCGCUUUCCUCUUGUGUCAAAGAACUUCCUGAGCAAAACAGUGCAAGCUGAACCUUUGAUUCAGGACAACCCAGAGUGCCUCAAGAUGGUUAUCAGUGGGAUGCGGUAUCAUCUUCUUUCUCCUGAGGACCGUGAGGAGCUUGGAGAGAGCAGCAGACCGAGGCGUAAAAAGCAUGACUACCGUAUUGCGCUGUUUGGGGGGUCCCAGCCACAGUCUUGCCGCUACUUUAACCCAAAGGAUUAUAGCUGGACAGAUAUACGCUGCCCAUUUGAAAAACGCAGAGAUGCAGCCUCUGUCUUUUGGGACAAUGUUGUUUACAUUCUGGGUGGAUCACAACUUUUCCCUAUCAAACGCAUGGAUUGUUACAAUGUGGUUAAGGACAGUUGGUAUUCUAAACUUGGUCCACCUACACCUAGAGACAGCCUGGCAGCCUGUGCAGCAGAAGGCAAAAUCUAUACUUCUGGAGGUUCAGAAGUUGGGAAUUCUGCACUUUACCUUUUUGAAUGCUAUGACACAAGGACUGAAAGCUGGCAUGCUAAACCCAGCAUGCUAAUUCCACGCUGCAGUCAUGGUAUGGUAGAAGCAAAUGGCUUGAUCUAUGUGUGUGGAGGAAGUCUGGGCAAUAAUGUGUCAGGAAGAGUCCUUAACUCUUGUGAGGUCUAUGACCCUGCAACAGAAAUAUGGACUGAACUAUGCCCCAUGAUUGAAGCAAGAAAGAAUCAUGGGUUAGUCUUUGUAAAUGACAGAAUCUAUGCAGUUGGUGGACAGAAUGGAAUGGGGGGUCUGGACUCUGUAGAAUACUAUGAUAUUAAAGUCAAUGAAUGGAAAAUGGUGUCUCCCAUGCCAUGGAAAGGGGUAACUGUUAAAUGUGCUGCUGUUGGAUCAGUUAUUUAUGUUUUGGCAGGAUUUCAGGGCGUGGGUCGCCUGGGACAUAUUUUGGAGUACUAUACUGAGACUGAUAAAUGGGUGGCAAACAACAAGGUGCGGGCAUUUCCAGUUACAAGCUGUCUUAUAUGUGUAGUGGAUACCUGUGGAGCAAAUGAAGAAACACAUGAAACAUAACAUUAACAGUGAUCAUCCACAAAGCUCUGCAACAAUCAUUGCUGCGCCUUUUAAAUAUAAACUAUUAUUCAUUGCACAUGAAUUAUUAAAUAUACACAAUGGCACCAAUUCAUACAGAAAUGUAUUAUAGAAGAAACAAUUUCAGUGUUUUACUGCCAAAGAUGAAACAAGUCCCAUGAUAAUUGUUUUUCAUGCAAAUGAAUACUGAAAUAUAAAAAUACUGUGGGAGGAUAAGCUUCAUAAAAGAUUUUGUUCAGUCACCAGGUCCACCUGGUUUCGUGGAUAAUUUGUAUUAAAUCAUGAGUUGGCAGGUUGAUUCACAUUUUGAAUAGGUUAUUUCUUGUUUGCCCUGUAUUUAUACAGUCAUUAGUUUCUUGGCUGUGCCUCUAUUUCACACUAAGAAGGUAUAUUUCUUUUUAGAGUCAUUUUAAAAAUGAGAGAAAAAUAAUACUGUAUCACGUACCAUAAGUAAAGUAUUUAAUUUUGCCUCAUUCAUGUAACUUUAGGACAAUGUCCUUUUAUUUAUGCCAUACUUGUAAUUUUUUAUUUAAUAUGCGUAAUGUGCAGCAUGUUAAUUCUUCAUUUUGCCAAAUAUUUAUAGUAUUGUCUCUGCUGAUUGAAUAAUAAUGCUUAUUAAACAGAGCAGUUUGUUUAAACAAUUAUGUGCUGGGAAAACCACAUUUGCUUUGGCCCUACAUCUGUGUUUUAACUCCUGGCAUUCUUAUACCAAAAGCUCAAAAUGGAUUCCCAGUCUGUUUUUAGCAUUUUUCAAACUCCUGAUAUUACUUCUGAUAAUGUUGUAAGCAUGAAGUAGAAUGAAGGCUGCAUAAGUGUAAAUUGAGAUUUACAAAGUAUUAUUUAAUGGAAGCAGGCAUUAUAAGGAACAUGGAGAGUACUGUAAACAGGUAUGGUAAGACCAGAAGUCAAUUUUUUACAUUAAUAAACAAAUUGCUUGAUGCAUUUUGUAAUACCAAUGCUUCUUAAAAAUAUUGUAAGCAGAAUUUUCUUAGUUUGGUGUUACAUAGAAAUAAUUUUCAUGCUGCACUAUGUGUAAAAUUGUGUAUUUAUUUACAAGCAUAAACUUUUUGUUGUACAUAUUUUAUAGUCCAUAGUAGUGUCUAGCAGUUUAGUUUGAUGCUCAGAAUUCAAAGAAUUGUACUAUUAUAAUAAUGAUUUUUUUCACAAUUACUUUUAAUUAACUCAUUCUAUCACAUGAUGGGCAUAAAGUCCUCCUUUAUAAAAAUGUUGUAUAGACAAAAACAAAAUCAUAGUUAUUUAAUGCUACUUCUGAGAACUGUAGAUUUACCAUACUGGUAGCAGUUUUAUUCAGUCUGUAGUUGUUUAUAUUUGAUCUAGAUUAUUGUGAAUUUAUUAGUUCAGUGAUUGUUGCUUUCUGCACCUCUCAGUUAUUUAAUGCCUUAGUGCUGUUUGUGUUAUUUUAGAAUUAAUACAUAUUUAUCUGCUUGUGCAUUAGAAACUAGUAAGCUUCCGAGACACCCCUCAUAUCUGUUAUUACAGUGUGUUUAGAAAACCUGAUAUGAAAAUCCUUAAUAUUGACAUUACAUUCUUAGUAAGUAUAUUAAUCCUGCAAUUUGUUCUAUAUCAGAAAAGCCCUAAAUGUUAGUUUCUGUAGGCAUGUGCCUUGUAUUUGUUUAAAGAGACUGUGUGUUUCAGUAAAGUCUUACCUGAUGUUGUGUUUUGUUAAAUAAUGCUUGUGUCAUAGCAAUGCCAGGAAGUAACUUUCGCUUACAAGCUAUUACUGCUAUUCGCUGAUUAGGUAAUAACAUUCUUUUCUCCAGUUGGAAACUCAGUGUUGUGUUUUAAUGGUUUAGAUUAGAAGACUUCAACCGUUUUGCAGAAGAAAAAUAAAUCAUUCUUUAACCACCUGAUCUGGACUGGGGAAAAAAACAACUUGUUUUGACUGAAUGGCCCAAAAGGGUGGCAGAAUUGAUGUAUACGUUUUAUACUGUGUGAUUCAUUACUGGUUAGCCAUGAAAUACUUGUUUACAAUGUUUGUAUUUUUACUGGUUAAACCUGGCUUUUAUUUGUGCAAUGUGUCUGAAUUCUACUAGUGCUUCAUUUAUUUAAGCAAAUGAAAUUGUGUUAACAGCGUGUGCAGUGAACUAUGAUUUGUGAUGUGUGAUUUUCAUUUUGUCUUUUUUAUUGCAUUUUGUAUUACUUGUGCUGAAUUUUUGUCAUCUGUUUUAUAUUUACCAUUUAAUAUGUAAUUAUAAUGUUAAUUUAUUCAAGAACACAGUAUGGAUGUGUUAUCUUUCUCACCCCCACACUGGUUAUAUUUUGUAGUGUUAUUCAAAAUGUUUGCUUUGUGUUGUGCUCUCAUUCAUGGACUAAAUUGAAUCUGGGUCAAUAAACAAUGAAUCUUUGUAA